AUUCCGAUUUUCAGUUCUGUUGGAUAAUGGCCGAAGUGUUCCGAUUGCUACAUAUUGAAUAAACCUAAAAGUGCACUGCAUUAUGUAUAUAAAGAUUCUCAGUAUUAUAAAUCGUAGUAAAUACACACAGUCAGUCAGUAUGUGAAAUGUGUUUGAAGAAUGUUCACGCGAAGGGACAUUGGAAGCAAAUUAAGGGCACGGCGGGAGGCGGUGGACCGGAAGGAGAGAUCGCCGCCCCCCGUUCUAACCCAGGGACGCCUCCAGUUUAAGGAUCACGGUGGAGCCGUCAAAUGGUUUUGCCGGGUGAGUGAUGCCACGCAGGUGGAGGAUGUGCUCCGGGAAUGGGGCCUUGGGACGGGCCUUACCACCAGUCUCCUCAUCUCCGUCACCGGAGACAGCACGAGCCUCCCUUCUGACGUCACCAUACGCGCCGGCCGCGGUCUCAUUGGCGUCAUCAGAACAACAGGAGCGUGGGUUGUGGCGGACGCACAUUGUGGCGCUAUGGAGGUUGUUGGAGACACCGUCCGUCGUGUGGAGGCUUCCUCGGACUUCCGGCCGAUCGUCAUUGGUGUUUCUGAUUGGUCAAGGAUAAAGGACAAGCUGAAAACUCCAUCCCAACACCGAAAUGGUAUUUACACACUAGAAAGCGUGUACCGCGGCCAUGUGUCGGCCAGUCCAGACUACCAAAGCUAUCAGAGCUUGAAGCGAGCCCAGAGCGAGGACGGAAAGUCGAUUGGCGACACCGUGGACCCAUGGGACCAGCUGGACACCUGCUUCACCCACUUCCUGUUCCUGGACGUCGGCAAAGAGAAGGAGCGACAGAAAGUCCGCGCGAGUAUAGAUAGCUGUAUAGCCACAGGACGAUUCGGGAAAUCGGAGGAGACCAAUGUUCCUGUGGUUCUCACAGUGUUCGGGGCACAGGAGCGCUCAAAGGCCGCUAUCAGACUGGCUGCCAAAAACGGCCACUCCGUUCUCGUUAUAGACAGCCAACACGAUGGGCAGGUAUUACGUACAGACGAUGGUAAGCCGUGUCCGGUGAAAGUCUUCAGCGGCGGCACGGCGGAAGUCUUCGCCCAGACCCUCAUGAACGCUGUCAUUUCCGCAAACGUGGCGGUGUCGGAGUGCCUGCGGCUGGCCAUCGUGUGGAAGAUGCCGGAACAUAGCAUCCUCGCGCUCCUCGAAAAGGACCGGAAGUGGCAAGAUGACGAGCAGACUUACCGGAACAAGAUAUUUGCGCUCGCACUGGAGCGAGACAUAGAAGGGACGGCGCGGCUGCUGCUGGAGCACGGGGUACACGUGGCCGACUUUUGCACAGAGUUCCUACACGUGCUCUUUCAGGAGACUUGCCUAAAAAAGAAUGAAACGGUGAAAGAUAUCAGAGACGUUGAAAGACUCAUCUAUCAGCGUGCCCGCGUGAAACUGAAACUGACUGUCACGGAUGAGUCGGGAAAAGCGGUUGUCCCGGGCGAUCAGACGGCAUACCUGGGACUGUUUGUGUGGGCUCUGUUCGCACAUAUGCACGAAGUAGCCACGUUCUUUUGGGGACAGUUAAAUAACAAGAUGGCGGCUGCCCUUUUGGGACACCAGUGCCUGCAGUGGCUGAAGCAUCACUCGGAGAGCGAAGAGGGACGAGAGGUCGUAAGGGACCUCAUGGCAGAAUAUACAGCGCGGGCACUAAAAAUACUGGACGGUUGUUACGGGGAGAAGAAGGGGAAUGCGAAAAAGCUGCUGGUUCGGCGGCGACGGGAGCUCGGUGGAACUUCCUGCAUCCUGCUGGCUAAAAACAAUCUCGUCUUCAUCCAGCACCCCGCCUGUCAGGCUGUCCUCAAUGAUAUAUGGAUAGCACCACUUGCCGCCGAGAACGAGACAAACUCAACAUGGAGGAUUGUCUUAAGUGUGUUCAUGCCUUUCUUGUCUGGGUUUCUUCUGGUUAUGAACAGGGAGUGUGCAGGGACACGGGGGGACGACGAGGGAGCAUCCUUUUGUAAUACUGCAACUAACUGUUGUGGCUGCUUCAGGAGAUUUUACAGAUUCUUUACCAGUCCGAUUGUUAAGUUUACAUAUACAAAGUUGCUAUAUCUGGUGUUCCUAAGUCUAUUUGCACACGGCUUGAUCACGGAAAGCAAAUACGUGUUUAUAGUGGUUGCCUGCUGGGUCGCCACACUGCUUAUUGAGGAAGUUUUUCAGUUGUGCACGAAGCGGCUACAGUAUUUUUACGACACGUGGAACUGGUUUGACCUGCUGGCGAUUUUCCUGUUCGCAAUCGGUACCGCGCUCAAGUACAAUUCGCGGUCCCGAGAGGCAGGACGCAUCGUCCUCGCCGUCGACUUUAUUGUGUUCUCACUAAGGAUACUGCAGGCGUUCACAGGGCUGAGGAACAUUGGGCCUAUGAUUAUCAUGAUCAAGAAAAUGAUGAUCGACCUAGGUUAUUUUCUGAUCAUUCUGCUGGUGGUGGUCGUGUCGUACGCCAUCGCUACCCAGUCCAUCAUGUUCCCCGAGUCGGAGCCCAGUAUGGACACGGCUUUCAGGACUCUCCGGCAGCCAUACUGGAGCAUCUUCGGAGAACUCAACCUCGAGGAGAUCGAAGAUGAUGACUCGUGUAGCCACAACGAGACCGAGUGGCGGUCAGGGACGGUGGCCCGUUGCCCGGAUCAUGUUAGCAAGUACGCGGUGCCCAUCCUAUUGGGAGUCUACAUGCUCAUCGUACAGGUUCUCCUCCUCAAUCUGCUCAUCGCCAUGUUCAGCUACACGAUCAGCGUGGUUCAGGAAGAGGCGGACAAACACUGGUGCUACCUGCGCUUCAAACUCAUUCGGCGUUACCAUGACCGAUCCUUCCUGGUGCCGCCCUUCAUCGUCCUCUACCACGUGUACCAGGUCGCUUUCACCGUCUACCGCAGCAUAGGUCGCUGUGCCGGCUGUAUGGAGGAAGAAGCCAGUGACGCAUUCUGUAAGGUGUUUAGUACGAGCGAGGACGAGCGGCUCCAGAUCUGGGAACAGAUGCAGUCGGAGAUGGAUGUCGAACAGCCCGGCGACAGGGCUUCACUGCAAUCACUUCCGCGUAGACAAAGGCGGACGGAGCACGACAGACGUCGGCUGAACGAACACACGUUCACCGUAUACCAGGACAACCAUGACAGACUGCGGCCAAUGGCGCUACGCAGCAACAGAGGGACGGAACAUGACCGGCGCCGCCUCAACAUCCUCUCUGAGGAAAUAUCCUCCUGCUGACACCCGGAUCUCUUACUUUUGAAAGAUUUCAACGAAUAUUUUGUGAUACGCAGACAUAAUAGAAUAAGCUCCUAACAAUUAGGGAUAUUCUUAAGCAUGUGUUAAUGCGAUAUUGCAAAAAUGCUGUGCAGUAACAUGUACUAAAAAUCUGAAAUUACUCAAUCGUUAGCUGAAUUAUUAGAAAUGAACGAGAGUACUGUGGUAUGCUGGAUGCAAAAACCUAGAACAAACAUGAAAUGUGUAUUUAAUUAGUGUACAUUUUCAGUUAUCUGUGACACUAUGUAUAAUUUAUAUACACGACACUAUGUGUAAUUUAUAUAAACGCGUGCAGUUAUAAAACAAUUAUCUUGCCUGUUUCUGUUUGAUGCCUUUUAAAAGUGCUGCGAUGAAAUUAUGUACUUGUAUAUUAAAAUAUGAUAAUAUUA